AUGUCUGCGGACCGUAUUUGCGAGGCUUCUGGCUCUGGCACCACUUCUGCCUCUUUGCGGGGUAUAUCAUAUCUGUCUACUCAGUAUUUUUGCCCGGAUGGAUGGAUUGGUUUUCAAAAUAAUUGCUAUUAUUUCUCUACACAAGAAAAUAAUUGGAAUUCAAGCAGACACAACUGCUCUACUCUACAUGCUGACCUCACCGUGAUUGACACUACAGAAGUAAUGGAUUUUCUAAGAGCACACAAAUGCACUUCUGAUCGCUGGAUUGGGUUGGAGAUGAAAGGAAAUCAAACAGGAAAAUGGGUAAAUGGAAGCAUAUUUAACCAAUUAUUUGAAGUGAGAGGAAGUGAAAAAUGCGCUUACCUCAGUGAUGAUGGUGUUGCAACAGCUAGAUGCUACAAUGAAAGAAAAUUUAUUUGCAGA